UAUAAAAAGGCAUAGCAUGGGGAGGGAGGGCUGCCGUGCAGCAGGAACUGCGCAGACACACACAUACACACACACAGGGAUCCAGGGACGGCAGCCCCUUUGCACUGGGAUCUAAAGCCACAGCUCGGAAGAGAGGUGAAAGAAAACACUCCACAAAAGCGACACAAUGGCAGAGAAAAUUAAAGACGCUAAGAUCAUCUUUGUUGUGGGUGGACCUGGCUCUGGAAAAGGCACCCAGUGUGAGAAGAUAGUUACAAAGUAUGGCUACACUCAUCUGUCUUCUGGUGAUCUGCUCCGUGCUGAGGUGGCUUCCGGCUCUGAUAGGGGCAAACAGCUCCAGGCCAUCAUGCAGAAAGGAGAGCUUGUACCCCUGGACACAGUUUUAGACAUGAUUAAGGAUGCCAUGAUCGCCAAGGCUGACGUCUCCAAGGGCUUCCUUAUUGAUGGCUAUCCCCGUGAGGUGAAGCAGGGAGAGGAGUUUGAGAAGAAGAUUGGCAAACCCUGCCUGCUGCUGUACGUUGAUGCAAAAGCAGAGACCAUGGUCAAGAGACUCUUGAAACGUGGUGAGACCAGCGGCCGUUCUGAUGAUAAUGAAGAGACCAUCAAGAAGCGCCUGGACUUGUAUUACAAAGCAACUGAGCCAGUCAUUGCUUUUUAUGAGGGCCGCGGUAUUGUCAGGAAGGUGGACUCUGAGCUGCCCGUGGAUGAUGUCUUCGCUCAGGUCUCCAAGGCUAUUGAUGCAUUGUAGUAAAACAACAUAAUUGGA